GACAGGUUGGGGGCGGGGAGGUGGGUGUUAAAGUAUCACUAGCAGUCUGCCAGCCGCCAAAGACGCAGAGGAGGCUCGACAUCAUCCGUCUGGACGACCCAAGCUGACUGGAACAGGUGAGAGCAGCAUAUCCUAACCCACCCCCCCCAAAAAAGAGCAAAAAAAACAACCCAAAAAGCGGGCCUCUUUACAGCGGUCCUGCUCUCGGGUUCGCAGACUUCUUUUCACCGCUCAUUAGAACGUCUAAAUUGGCUUAAUUUUCAAUGCAUAGCAAAAUCUGACCCGGUUAAUUGGUGCUGGCAGAUCCUUAUUUAGAUUCAUUAUAAGAGAUUAAAAACCAAGCAAGGGUCAAAGUGUUAACAGCUACUCCAAAAGGGAAGACAGAGAAGAAGUGACAACGCCAGACAACGUAAAUAAAAGGCCAGGGCAGAUAUCUCAGAGUGGAGGGAGAACAUGGUUUUGUUUUUGGAAGAGUAGAACGUUGUUUCCGACCGAGCUGUGGUGAGGGUGAAACUUGUUUUCAAUGAGGGAAGAGGUUUUGCGAGUUGUGGCUCAUUAAACCGAUGCAACCUGGAAAAAAAAAGCAGGCAGGAAAGGAACACAGACAGCUUGGUUCAUUCAAACUCUCUCGUCAUCUCUCCAGGUCGACUGCCGUAGGAACGUCAUGUCAAAAGACGUCGACAGACAGCAGGUGUUGCAGAACAUCAAGGUCCGCAAGGCACGCAAGAAGGACGGCAGCUGGAUCCAGACGCCUAAAGAUGCCGAUGUGACUCCUGAAGUGAAACAGAAACCUGAUCCAGCCAGAAGGAGUUCAUACGUCCUGGAGGCGAUCAAAAAAUUUGAGAGUUCAGCUAAUGAGACAAAUGAAGAGGUCGAUCCUGCUAAAGACGACGCACCUCCUGAGGAAACGAAAGACAACACCACCAGAGAUGCGAAACUCAAGCCUCCAUCAGAAGAGUUGAUUAAAAGGCCAAAGACACGAGAGCAAAAGCCAAUCCGAAACACAAACGGAGAAAACAAGCAGGCGGAAGCAGAAGCACCAGCUGGCAAAUCCAAUGGAGAGCACAACAUGGUGCCUGCAAAUGUCAAUAAGGAGGAACAAAUCCGACCAGCUCCUGAAGCAAGCAAAAACGUUGGUGCAGCAGAACCGCCACCUGCCAAAAAAACGGCGGGGGUCAAGGGAACAGUCGCUACAAAUGCAGAUGACCCGGUUUCCAGUGACCCUCGGGUGAAAGCGAUCGCCACAGACACCGCAGCGGUCCCCGUUAUUCCCGCGGCAGUGCUGCAGCCUCAAGAGUACGCUUUGAUCAGAGCGGAGCCAGCAAACACAAGUAGCUCGGAGGACGGAGGGGAAGUAUCCGUGCCAACUACAAAGGGGAAUCCAGAGAAAACCCUGCAGCAGGAGACAAAAGGAGAAAUUGUAUCCGCCGCCUCUCAGCUUACGGUGGAGGAUUUGCCUGAGAGCGCCGCUGCUCCAGAUGAAGGCGCUUCUCUCCAAGCCAGCGGGGAAUCUGACAUGCAGUUUGAAUCAGCGAGCAAGUCGCCUACUCGGCCUGCCAAUGAAACACCUGCAGAGGGCAUUUUGAAAAAGCACCCCCCAGAACAAGAUAACAAAGAAUCCGUUGAAGACGAGGUUGGGGCUCAGGUGGAAACCCCCGAUGUUGAUAAUGCAACACCCGGUGAGGGGUCUCCUCCAGUUAACAGCGUGCAACCCGCCAUCCAUCCCAUGCCUGACUCGCACGCCGCUGAAGGCGUCGUCAUAGCUGUGAAGUAUGAAGUUGACCCAAUGGCCACAGACGAGCCGCUCUUCGAAAGCAGGACGGAGAAGGCCGCCGAGGCCGAGAUCCGGUCCGUCGCCAGUACCGCCGUCGGGCAAAAUGUCGAGCCAUCACCUGAAGAUGAGGUCCGUCACAUGGAUUUGAAAAUUGAAGACGCUCUUACACCCAUGCACGCUGGGGAUGCUGAAACUGUUAGGGGCGCUUCGGCUUACGGAGCCGUUGAUCUGACAAAUGCGACAGACGUGAUGAAAGCACCCGGCGAAAAAGCUGCUCCCGUAACUGAGGAGUCAGACAAACCUCAUGGAGGGGAGCCGAAACAGCGGCCUGAUGAUACCGAAGUUGCCGAAGGGCUUCAAAAGCCCAGAGAAGCGGUAAAUUCUACCAAAGCUCAUAACAGAUCCAGUGAUGGAAAACCUUUGUGCUCUUACUGCGACAAAGUCAUCGAUGGAAAUACCAAGAUCACUUUGAGCGAGCCACCCGUUACAUGCCAUCCAGAAUGCCUCAAGUGCGGCGUUUGCGCUAAGGCCCUGGGAGACUUGCAAGACCGUAUUUUCUCGCAGGGCGACGUGAUCAAAUGUGGCGACUGCUUUGAGAGAUCGUUUCACAAAGCUCACGGUGAAUAAUGCGCUCCCUGGGAAUCUCACCAGCCAUGGCCCCUCCUGCUCUGUAUGCUUUUUAUUUCAUUUUUUUUUAAAUGUUUUUCUUUACUGAAAAGGAUCACUUGGUGUAACGUGUUAAAAAGUUGUGUAAUAAAUAAAAUAAAAAGUACGUAAUUUACAAAGAUGUACGAAUAAAAUGCUCCACAAUCAGCAGAAAGUACUUUAAUGCCACAUACAUUAUAUGAUUAAAAUAAAUUCAAAGAUCAAAUCAUUUCAUUAGCCUUAACUACAAAUGAGCACACACAGCGCGUGUCAGCUGCCGAGCAGUUAUUUUCAUUUUGACCUCUCUGUUGCUUAUUUUAGGUAUCAUGAAGACAAUUCCUCACAUUUAACAGAAAGGUGGUGGGGGGAGGGGGGGGG